GAGCCCCGCAGGGAGCGACGCGGCGGCGAUGAAGCGGGCCGUCUCGCACCCACGGUAGCGGUACGGCCGCCUCCGCCAUGAAGCGGAAGAGCUGGGCCGAAGCCCGGCGCCGCGCCAGCCCGCCACCGGCUCUGAAGAGAACUCGGAGUACAGCGUCGAGGACGGCGGAGGAGCAGGACGAGGAGCGGAAGCAGACACCCUCCACCGUCGGGCCCGAGACCUGCGUGCAGAUCGCCGGUGAGGGGGGCGUGCCGGGGCUGGGCGGGCUGCCCUGUGGGGCGCCGCAACUCGGGACAGUGAGGCGGGGCGACGCCCUCCGCGCUGCCUCCUGCACCGCUGCGCUGGGGCUCCCACCACGCGGUCUCGGCCGGUCCGGGAGAAAGUUGGUGGCGAUGGGGAGUGGGGCGCGACGCCCGCGAGUGGAUGGCAUUGGAGCGGGGUGCGCCGGGUUCGGCGGUGCUGGGCGCGUUUCGGAACAAUAAACGCAAUGUGCGCUGAGUAACUUUGUUUGGCAGCGCCGAGCAGUGCCUCACGCUGGGGUUUGGCUUGGAACAGAGCAGAGAGAAAGAGUAUUUAAAGCGGCAAAAUGUGUAUCUGCGAAACAGAGCCCAGCAGCCAAGUUUGUGCGUGCGCUGGGGGCUGGUGUCCCUCCGUGCCGACUGGUGGACGUAAUACUCGUACCGACCGUCCUGCUCUGUCCUGUCCCGGCACAGCACGAUGCCCCUGCGCUGCCUGUGGUGGCAUUGCGACUGCAGCCGGUGUUCGUGUGGCAGCCGCGGAGGUGCGGCCGAAGCAAUUUCCUCAGUUUCACGUCUAAGAGACGUGUUUGGGUUUAGUUUGUGUAGGAACAAACACAGAAAUUGACUUUUUAUGUGCUGUAUCACAUUUGGGAAUUGCAUUAUUUACAACUUCUCUUAAAAACAAAAGAACAAGAAAUGAACCUCACCUCUUUUCUACAGAAGACAAAUGGGAAAGUGCGUGUAAACAGAGCAGCAAGUACACCAAGAGUAACCAUGGACAAAAGCACUGCUGAGAAGCAGGAGUCUUUAGAUAGCAGUAUGUUUAGAAAGUCCUAAGAUUCUACCAGUGUUUUGGAAACUGGGCAUAGUGAUGCAGGAAGAAUGUAAAUUGCCAAAGCAUAACAGAAUCCUCUUUUUAAAAAAGCCAAUAAUAGAGCCAUGAAAUAAAACUGGAAUACUCCAAUCUAAAAUCUAGUUUUUUGGGUCUAAUCUACACAGGGUCAUAAUGGUAUAUUUAUAUGCAGAACUGUAAUUCUGUAAGUCUUUACUUUUCUGUAGCUUCUUAGCUGUAACUAUUUGUACAUGAAUGGCACAAUUUUAGGGUUCAGUGUAGAAACCUCUGAUUAGGCAGGUGUUGCUCUUUGGUAUCAAAGUACCUCCCCACACUGGAAUGCUGUGUAGCCCUGCCCAGCCCCACAGACAGCACUAUGACCAGCUGUAUGCAGCAUCUGUUUGUGGCCAGGGCACACCUCCAGCACUGAACAGGCCCCUCGCAUUACUGUGUUUUUCCCUUCCAAGGAAAUGCUUGCUUGUUCAAGUAGUACAGCACGUUACCUAGGAUUUGACUUGUGUUGUUUUUCAGUAGGAGUUCAGCAUGCACAUAAGUACACAGCAUAACAAACUCAAUUAAAAUGCAGUAGGGUCUUGUAUUUAAUAAUAAUUCAUGUUCCCUUAAUCUUCUCAUAUUGCUCACCAUGGCUGCCAUUUACAAGCUUCUAAUAAUGGAACAAUUACAGCCUAAUCUUCAUUGCAUUGGUAUGACACGUUUAUUUUUUUUUCCAAUAGAGAAACCCUGAGAGAGAAUGAGCCUGUAGGCUCACCUUUUCCUUUGGCUGCUUUAAAAGUUAUUUCAGUUCUGCCUUCUCAUAAUGCAGUUCUGAGAAAUGAAUUAAUUGUUCUGGACUGGAAUCAGAUUAAAAGCAUCAGGCCUCACUCUUGCACUUGGACAUACUGGAAAAUAUUCUAGCGACCAUAAAGGCCGAAUACCAGCAUUACCUUCACUGCUUACAAAACGGCCCCAGACUCAUUAAGAGCAUUGCAGGCUACUCUCAUUUUCAUCUUUGUGGAAGACAAUAGCCCAAACCAUCCCACAUAGCAAUAAAGAUGUAUAGAUUUUGUCUUGCCUGACGUUAGCUGAUGCAUAACAGAGUUGGUAAUGCUUUAUUACACAUAGAUUUUAUACUCAACACAAUUAUUGUGUUUAUUUCCUAUUGAAUUGCACUUAUCAAUCUAAAUAUUUUUGCUUGUUAUGAAGAGUAGUUCAGGGAAGCUGUGCUUCUGGAAUAUUGUUUAUUUUGGUCUGUUAAGCUGCAUGGUAGAUCUUACAAUUUUGUCUUUUGUCAACUAAUGCGUGAGUCUGGCUGGUAUGAAUGCAAUUUGCUGGUAAUAAAUACAUUUCUUCUGUUUACUGGAAGCAUGUUCCCAUAUCCUUCUGAUCUCUGAAAGAAAUAAUUUAUAUGAUCUAAAGGAAAUGUAAGUGUUUCAUCUGAGAAGCUUAAAAACUCAUUACAUCCCGUCAUUGCCAGGUUGUCAUUGCUCUGAUUUUAUAAAUAACAUUUUAAACAAAGUGUAGAAUUAUAAGGCAUAAACUUUGCACAAAAGGUGUGUGUUUCACUCUCACCUCACUCCAGCAGUUAAUUCCAAAAUGAAGUAACUACAGUAACAAAACAUAGAAUUAAAUCUUAAGUGAUAGAACACCAUGGGGAAUCUUUACAGAUGUUUGUUAGUCCUCCUGUUCAGUGGAUAUCCAGUCGGUUGCAGUGUGGAACUAACUCCAGAAAGAAUGUCCUAAACUGUACCAUAUAUACUUUUUCUUUUCUAUUCUUUUCUAUUCUUUUUUCCCUUUAAUUGGAAAUCAUUUCAUUUACACUGUCACUUGGAGAUCUAAAAAAGAGUAUCUGGUUCAAUAUGUUAAUUGAUAGAUAGGUUGAGGGCUUUUUUGUUCUCUUACUUGUUUGUGUGUUGGAAACUAUGGAGACUAAGGGUUUUGCUUUGUUUUUCCCAUCUUGUUGGUUUGACAUUACAGAUUUUGUAUGUUAUGAAUAAACUAAAUUUGUUCUUUUUUAUGAAAACAAUUUUUUUUUUGAAAUUUUGACUGUCAGCACUCUCAAUUAAUCCUAUUAUACAGCUACAUAUCAGUCCAAAAGUUGUAUUUAAUCUUUUAUCAGUAUGACAUCACCGGUAAGCGUGUCCCAAAAUAAAGAUUUUUAAAGCCAAGUUUAAGGCUUUUAAUAUCUAACCCAGUGCUGACAGCAUGUGAACACUUGUAAUGUAGUCUUAUAAAUCAGACGAGCAGCUGAGAUCAAGGACUAUGUUUAAGUAAAGUAACACAGCAAUCAUCAAUCAUGAUGUGCCCUGAAAAUAUUUUUUUUCAUGGUAAAUAAAAAUUUCCUCUAGCUUUUUGGUGUGUCUUCAUUUUCUUUUUCAGAAGGCCAAGCUAUUGUUGUUAUUGCUAACUGUAUUAUCACUUAAAUAUAAAUUGUAUUGUAAAGAUGAGUGAAUUAAUAUUUUCAAGAAUAAGAUGACUAACAGGAAAAUACCAUGCAAUUUUACUUCUCAUCUUAAUAUUGCAACGGAAUUUGUCUUUUUGUUUUCUCUUGUGUCUUUCUGUUAUUCUGGUGUUCUUAAUGUAACAAAAUACCAUGAACUAAUCCUGAUUUUACAAAUACAGUUCUGUUAGAAUAGUAAAUAACUCUCUACUUUCAUUCCUUAUAAUUCAAAGCAGACUGAUAUUGUAUUUUGUUAUUCUAUCAGUCUCAUCUGAGGCAUCUGUUUAACAGUAGCACUGCCGAGUUUUUCUUCUGGUGAAAUAAUCUUCACUGCUUGUAUGCAGACUUGUCCUACCUAUAGUGAGUGCCUGUUUAGUGUUUAGAUGCCUCCUGAGUUACUGAAAUUGCCUUCUUCAAGGCCUGCACAGUGGACUCAUAGAAGCAUCAGGCUCACUUGAAGGUAAAGCAAGGAGAUUAUUAUGUCAUCUCUGUUUUCCAGUGAACACAGUUGUGAAAUGGUAGCUCUUAGUGUUGUAUACCUAUGCUUCCAUGGAACACUGUGGAGCAGAAAAAUAAGCAAAAUGUUUUUCUUUCUGUGUGUACAUCAGAAUCAGAUGUGUGAUUAUUAUAGCUUGAGUAAACAAACAUGCUUGUUCUAGCUUUAAUCUCACUAGUUUAGUACCAGUAGUAGCAAAGCUGCGAGAUCACAGCCCUCAGGUAGGGGUCUGCGGACUUAUUCUGUUGUAUAUCGGUUGCUUACUAAAAUUAAUAGACAGCAAUUGUCUAUGUUUCUGUAUUUUAACUGUUUUGUUAUUUGAAGCAAACAAAAUUAAACAUAAUUGAAGUACACCUAAUGUACUGCAGUCAUAUCUUCUAAUUGCAGUGCAGAUGCAGCCUGUAAGGCAGUAAGCCCUGCUUUUAUUCUUCUGAGAGACUAUUAGAAGGAUCUGCUCUAGUUUAUGAUAAUUUUCUGAUGACCUUUUAUCAGAAAUUUGCAAGAAUCUGGAAGUACUAAAUUACAUUAUAUGUAAAUGAGGUACUGAAAAGCUAAAAUUAACAAAGAAUGCAUAAAAAUAUUAAAGUGGAAGCUUUGCUCCUAUAGCCUGAGCUGUUGUGGAGACCCUGGUCCUGCAUUUGGAUCCAUACUGGAGGAAUCCUUGUUUCACAGUGUUGGUUACUUAUGUUCAAAUAUUGACACUCUAAUCCUUGGUAGCUGUAAACAGAACUGGAAAUACGUUUGCAAAAUAUAGAUAAAAACAGACAUAGUGAGCAGUUUACCAUUUGUAUGCCAUCAGGCUGGUUAGCUAGUAGAAAGGCAGAUAGGUUUAUGGGAAAAGACUGCUCUGCACAGCUUAUUACUAAAAUCUCCUCAUAGGAAACAUUUUCAAAAAGAUGGAGCCUGCUGUUUACAUAACGGAGAGCAGUUGUUAGCCUGCUGGAAAGGACAGCUUGUCAGGAUGUGAGCAUUUGACAUAUGCUGCUCUUAUUGUUAGGUGUUUCUACAGCCAUUAAGCUUAAGUUUAUUCCUAAAUUCUUUCAGGUGUUUUAGAAUAGCAUCAAUUAAUGCAAUCCAAAGAUACCAAUGUGGAAUUGAAUGCCAAAAACAAUUCAAAAGGCCAUGUGCACUCUAUUCACUUAGGAAAUGAAUUCUUAUUUUUGUUGGACUUUCUUGCAAAAGCUGCGGAAAUUUUUCAGUGAAAGCUGGAGCACUGAGGAAGCAAGUGAUUCAUGUACUCCAAGUCCUGUCUUUGAAUAAAAUGCUACAUUAUUUUAGUCUCUGGACCUAUGUAAGUGUAUUUCUUUGCCUAUUUUGUUCCUUCCCUAGUAUGCAAGGAUUUGGGGUUACUUCUUCUGUAGAGCUCUUAUAUUUUCAAAAGCGAUGUACAGCUUAUGUGAACAAGUUGGCAUGCAAGAAGGUGGCACGCCAGCCCAGCCACUGCAGCCAUUCUGUCCAGACCUCUGCAUGCAUGUUGUUUGAGUGCACCGAGGGCUCAGUCCUAGUCAAAAACGUCUAAAGAGUAGGUGCCACUGGGGGUGGGAACACUGUCUGUGUUUCGACACUGCUAGCCCGCUGUGGGCGUGUCCAGCCAUCUAACCGAACAGAAAACUGCCUUGUAAUAAACCUCGUGGCAGUUAGCUGUUAAAUCAGUUUAGAAGCAGCGUGAACUCAGCUUAGGGAUUUAGUUUGACAUGCAUUUCAUCUAGCAACACCAGUUUAAAUGCAAUCCCUACAUAUUAUAUCUUAUCCAUUUUCAGUUUUGCUUUCUAAUGUGCUCUCAGUCCUUUUCCCCAUGGACAUUAGUGCUCCUACCUCAUGGGAAGAGGGUCUUAAACCAGCAAAGCAGCCUUUUUUUUUUCUUUCUUUUUUUGCUUUCCCCUUUUCUUUAAGUGAGCGAGGAUACCUGGAGCAGCCCCUGAUGGUGAUGGGCAUAGCUGCACGGAGCCAGGGAAGGAACUCUGUGGUGGAUGAGAGGCACCACACGUGUGUAUAUAUAUACAUACACACACAUACGUACUUGUAUAUGCAUAUGUGUGUGUGUAUGUAUAUAUAUAUGUGUGUGUGCGUAUAUAUAUAUAUGUAUGUAUAUGUAUAUAUAUGUAUUUCCCCCCCCCCCAGCAGCAAGAACAGAAGUAUGGCUGUGCUACUGCAAGGCCUCUGUUUUUAUUGACCAAUUACUAGAGGCGCAGCAAUUUACAGCCAGAGUGCAGCCCGUGUUUAAAGUUCACUGUGGCUGCAGCUGCCCUGCCCUUCGAGAGAGUUUUGGUGUUGUUUUGUUUUAAUAUCGCCUUUAUUUCGCAAUUCUCUGCCAAAAACCAAAGAGUGGAGCUGCAGAUACCCAUUAUUUCUGCAUAGACAGUGAACUUGUGUAUGAGAACUUCUAUGGAGAUUUUGGACCACUCAAUCUGGCAAUGGUCUACAAAUACUGCUGCAAGCUAAAUAAGAAAUUAAAGUCAUUUUCAUUGGUAAAGAAGAAAAUAGUUCAUUAUACUGGCUUUGAUCGAAAAAAGCAAGCAAAUGCUGCAUUUCUCAUAGGCUCCUACGCAAUAAUAUAUCUGAAAGAAUCACCAGAAGAUGUGUACAAGCUUGUAUUGGCUGGCAGUGUUUCAUAUCUUCCUUUCAGGGAUGCUUCAUUUGGUACUUGCAGUUUUCAUCUAACAUUGCUAGAUUGUUUUCAUGCAAUAAACAAGGCUUUACAAUAUGGUUUUCUGGAUUUUGAUGAAUUUGAUGUAAAUGAAUAUGAGCAUUAUGAGAGAGCAGAAAAUGGAGAUUUUAACUGGAUAAUACCAAACAAAUUCAUUGCCUUCAGUGGACCUCAUUCAAGAAGUAAAAUUGAAAAUGGCUAUCCCCAUCAUGCUCCAGAAGCUUAUUUCCCAUACUUCAGGAAACAUAAGGUCACCACUAUAAUACGCCUCAACAAAAAAAUGUAUGAUGCCAGACGUUUUACGGAUGCUGGAUUUGAGCAUUUUGACCUCUUCUUUGCUGAUGGAAGCAUACCUAAUGAUACUAUCGUUAAAGCUUUUCUAAAUAUUUGUGAAAAUGCUGAAGGUGUUGUAGCCGUUCACUGCAAAGCUGGCCUUGGACGAACUGGCACACUUAUUGCCUGUUAUAUUAUGAAGCAUUAUCGAAUGACAGCUGCUGAAACUAUUGCCUGGAUUAGAAUAAAUAGACCAGGUUCAGUGAUUGGACCACAACAACAUUUCCUGUUGGAGAAACAGCCAGAACUUUGGACAGAAGGAGAUCUUUUCCAUGCAAAGUUGAGACGAAACUGUAAAGUGGGUGUAACAAGAAUCCUGUCAGGAGUAGGUCAUAUUUCAAUUAAUGGUAUUAGAAACAGGAGAACCAUCCAAAACGACACUGAACUGUACAGUGAUGAAGAUGAAAUAGACUGUAUAACACAAGGUGAUAAGCUUCGUGCUCUGAAAAGUAAAAGGCAGGCAAAAUCUACAACUGCAUCUCCACUAAAAGUAAUUCUGCAGUCCAGUGUUCAGAAAAAUAAAACCUCUGAACCUAGCAUUUCUGACAGUACAAACAUUACUAAAAGAACUACCAGGUCUGCAGCAAGAAACAAAAGUAUAAAAAGCAGCCAGUCCACCACAAGAACUAGAACAGUAUUGCGUUAAAAUUUCAAAUCGGCAAGCAGUGUUGAAAGGGGAUAUCCAGGCAUGAAGGGGAUACAACUUGAAGACACUUGAUUGCAAUUCUAGGAAGAGGUCUUUGGCUCCAUUUAAACAGAAGAAACCUAUUCAUACUCGUAAAAUAAAACUGGCAACAUGCUUGGUAUACAAUUUCUUAAUUGCUAAUGCUUCCUCAAGCAAAACCAACAAAGUAUGUGUAAAUUCAGACUCAGGUGUAAAUACUUGAGCUCUCUAUUAUAAAGAGGGCUCCCUCGUAUGUAUGAUGCAUGUGUAUAAAAUGUGAUGGCAAUCACUUACAGCUGCUGACCACCAGAAGUGAAAAAAUGGUGGAAGUUUUUAAUAUAUAAAUCUGUGUUGUUCAUUCAGAUUGGGCUCAGGUCUCCACUUGAGGCUGAAACUCAACCACAGAGGCUUUUUACUUAUAGGAUUGGUAUUCUCUUGUGUUAAUUGGCUAUUCUUUCUUAUUUUAUAUGACUUUUUUUUUAUGAAGUCCCAGCAUUGAGAACACUAAGUAACUAUUGUCCACCAAAGAGUGCUUUAUUUUCAAAGACUGUGAUUUUUUUAAUUUUAAUUUUGAAAGAAAUAAAAAUAAAAAGACAACUGAAAGCAAUUAUUUUGUUUUUCAUAGCGAUAGAUUUUCAGUUGGUCCCAACCACUGGCUCUUUUACCUAUUUGUAAUUGCUUUAUAUCUGGUAUGAUUGUAAGAAGGAGGAAAAACAUUUAAAGCAGUGAAAUGUCAUUACUCUUUCUUUUCAUAUCUUCAGGUCUUUUAGAUGAAUCUUUAGAUUACCAUAUCUGAAAGGUAAGACUUUUUCCCAGGAUUUAUUGGUAGAUUUAGUAACUUACGAAUAUUACUGUUUUUUUUUUCCCUUGGAAAUACCUAAUGAGUUCAGCACAUUGAAAAAAUAUAUAUAUAAACACUUCCUGUACAGCUGAAAUUGAUAAUAGAACUCAGGAGCAGGUACAGUUGGGAACAUCUAAUUACAAUGAUUAAAAAGCAACUGCUUACCUCUCAGUUAAAAGCAGUGAAGUGUUCAGAGCAAUCUGAGACUGAAAUUUUCAUCCACUACAAGACUUCAAACAUUGGCAACUUUUUUUCCCUUCUGCAUUCACAUUAUGAAAUAUGUCUCAAAAGCUUGCUUUGAAGUGAGGCAUCCUUGCUUCCUGGAAGUUUAUAGCUGCAUUUUCCUCAAAUGAGAACCGCUGCUAUAUAGACUUAGAAUACAGUUCUCUCUUCAUUUUGUAACUUUUACAGAAGAACGGAGUAGAAAAGGAUAUCUGGAAUCAUAGAAUCAUAGAGUCCUUAGAGUCAGAAGGGACCUUUAAAGGUGAUGUAGUCCAACUCCCCAGCAGUGAAUAAGGAGAUCCACAGCUACAUCUGGUUGCUCAGAGCCUGGUUCAGCCUGGCCUUGUGUGUCGCCAGGGAUGGGGGCAUCCACCACAUUUUGGGGCAACCUGUUCAGUGCCUCAGCACCCUCACUGUAAAAGACAUUUUCCUUAUAUCCAACCUAAAUCUACCCUCUUUAAGUUUGAAGCCAUUUCCUCUUUUCCUCUCACCACAGACCCUGCUAAAAGUCAGUCCACUACUUUCUUGUAGCUUCCAUUUAGACAUUUGAAAGGAAUGUGUUCAGUCCAUUGGAACAUUUUUGUGGCCCUCUUCUGGAUGUGCUCCAGCAGGUCUGUGUCUCCAGUACCAAGGAGUUUGUGUCUGGAUGAGGUGAGGUCUUUCCAGCAGAGAGUAAAGUGUCAGAAUUGCCUCUUUCACCCUGCUGGCUAAGCUGCUUUCAAUACAGUUGGAUAUGGUCGGCCUUCUGGGCUGCAAAGGCACAAUGUUGGCUCAUGUUCAGCUUGCCACCCACCAGUACCUCCAAGUCAUUUUUGGCUGGGAAUUUUAGCAACAGAAUACCUUAAGUUUUUUAAAGAUACAGAUUAUAUUUGAAAGGGGGAAGUUUUUCUUUCUAUGAAGAAGGAAUUAUUUUCAAAUGAAAGGAGGUAUUCUGUUACACUAGUGGUCUCUCAGUGCCACUGUGAAUAACCACACAUGGGUUUAAAUAUGUUUUUGUGGCCAAAGAAGAGCAUUGUGAGUUAGAGACGAGGCAGGAUGUAAGAUGUAUGGUGAUAGCAUCUGUAAGUGUGUGUAUAUAUGUAUAUGUUCGUAUACUCCAGAUUUGCAAAUAGGAACACAAAAUAGGAAAGGUUUGUAUGGUGCAAGAUAAGGAGUACUGAAGCUUAUACCCUGUUUUUUGUUUGUUUGUUUGUUUUUGUUUUCCACUUAACCUUUACUAUCUCUUCCACUCUCUUCCUGGUGAAAACCACCCAAAAAACAGGACAGAAUUCACCCUUAUAGUGAUAAAAAUUUUACUUCCUUUUUUAAUUUUUUUUUACCUCCUUUACCAAAACUGCAGCAGGUGGUGUGUUACACAAAUAUGAAUCUCUUUAUUUUUGAAGAAGAUUUUCAUCUUGAAAAUUUUAUCAGUUAACUUACUUGCAAGUCUUAACAGGCAGAAGUGAAAGGAUGAAAUUAAUGAUUUGAAAGGAUGAGAGUUAAAAACAAGAAAGAUUGAUAUUUAUUGUUUUUGGCCUUACCCUUCUCUUAGCUGAACUUCUUAACCUAAAUUUAUCAGCCUAUUCCACAGCCCUUCAAAAUUCUGACUUGGAAUUUCCCUUUUUUAAAGAAGUCAGCAAAGCGAUUAGUACUUAGAAGUUAAUCAGAAGCAAAUUUGCACACCACACGGCAAGUUAAGCUAAACCAAAACUCUGUUUGGUGUGAAUAUGUUUCGGACUAUCCCAUCCAAUGCUGAGUAUCUUGCUGAAAACACCAAAGAGUCAGAGUAUCAGACAUUAACAUGAAAACUCCAAGCAGUCUUACAUGGUGUUAACCCAUUACUUCAUUGUGUCUCAUUUAAUUGUAUUGCUUUGUCUGUCCAAGUUUUUAGUAUUUUAUCUUCUAUCUUUAUUACACCGUAUCAAAGCUAUCUUAAGUACAAUCAUGAAGAGUAGUAGCCAUGGGUGAGGGAGUCCUUGGUUUCCAAAUCUGUUUUGAAAUGUGAAGUAUCACGUGCCAAAAAGGAGUAUAUGUAUGACAGCAGUGCAACAGAGCUGCUGAAGGAACUUAUUUCUGCUGUUACCAACUAGCAGUUUUGGUUAAACUUAAAAAAUUCUUUCCACUCUUUCAACACACAAGAUGGAUUCUUCUUUGAUCUCUGCAACAUAUUCAAUAGCUGUGGUAUCUUAGGUCAAAUUGCUAGCUUCCAUUACAGCAUCAGUAUGGUAAUAGAAGUUAAAUCAGACCAUGUCCUUUUGUCCAAGGACAAUAGAAAAAAUGCUGCUUUAAAAAAAAAAAAAAGAAAAAAAAAGAAAACCAAUAUUUGUAGAGACUCGUGCAUUAAAAUGGGGGAAGAUUGGAAGAAAAAGUUACAUUCACCAAUUGGUUGCACUGCAGUUUUUAUAUUAAUAGUUUGCAGACUGUGUUUUGUGUAACCGCGUGUACAGACUAUCAAGAUCUAGAAGUCUUUGACUAAUCAGUACUAUUCAUCCUGAUUAUUUUUAAAUUGUAUAUUUCUAGUCAUAUUUUUUUAACUUGGAUUGACAGAAUGGGAGUUUAUUUUGCUGGAGGUAUUUUUAAGAUAAAGCUUCAUAUUAUCUUGUAAUAUCAAAUAGCUCAAUAUGCAUUUGUGUCUCAUUUGAAAAUAGUGCAUAUUGUAUUUGGUUUUAUACAAAAUAUGAAUAGUGGGAAUUGUAAACAUGAAUUAUGUAAAAUUAAAAAUAAUAAUCAGAA